AUCACUGCUAUACUCCAUACCAGCACCAUGAUCACCACCACAUGCCAUACCAGUGGCCUGGUCACCGCCAUACCCCAUACCAGUGCCCUGAUCACCAGCCAUAUGCCAUACCAGCAUCCUGAUCACUGCCAUAUACCAUACCAGCAUUUUGUUCACUGCCAUAUACCAUACCAGCAUCCUGAUCACCGCCAUACCCCAUACCAGGGUCCUGAUCACUGCCAUACCCCAUAACAGAGUUCUGAUAACGUCAUAUGUCAUACCAAUGUCCAGAUCACCGCCAUACACCAUACAAACGUCCUGAUCACAGCCAUGCCCCAUACCAGCGUCCUGAUCAAUGUUAUAUCCCAUAUCAGCAUCCUGAUCACUUCCAUACCAGCAUCCUGGUCACUUCCAUACCAGCAUCCUGAUCACCACCAUACCUCAUACCAAUGUCCUGAACACUGCCAUACAUCAUACUAGCGUCCAG